CUUGACACUUCACUUGACAACUCAGCUAGCCAGCUGGGUAGUUGCUCUCGAUAGUCUCGAUAGAUUUUCUGCUAAAUUCAGGAUAUUUCACAGAAAAAUGUCUACUGUCGAAGAAUUACAGAAGAAAGUGCAAGAGUUGGAGGCCAAACUAGCGGCCAUCCAAGGAAGCGCGGGCCCAGUGCGGCAGAAAAUUGACGUUAUGUCGUCCGAAGUUGUGGAUUCUAAUCCCUACAGUCGUCUCAUGGCAUUAAAGAGGAUGGGUAUAGUGGACAACUACGAGAAGAUCCGUGAGCUGUCAGUGGCAGUAGUCGGUGUUGGUGGUGUCGGCAGUGUCACUGCAGAGAUGCUCACCCGUUGUGGCAUUGGGAAGUUAAUCCUUUUUGACUAUGACAAAGUAGAGCUGGCGAACAUGAACCGGCUCUUCUUCCAACCGCACCAAGCCGGGCUCAGCAAGGUAGCUGCGGCCGCCGCCACACUGCAGAAUAUUAACCCUGAUGUCGCCAUUGAUGCGUACAACUACAAUAUCACAAUGGUGGAGAAUUUCCAGAAGUUCUGUGAUGCUAUUAGCACUGGCAGUUUGACCGGGGGCCCCGUGGAUCUGGUCCUCAGCUGCGUGGACAACUUCGAGGCCCGAAUGGCCAUCAACACAGCCUGCAACGAGCUCAACCAGAAAUGGUUUGAAAGCGGAGUCAGUGAGAAUGCUGUGUCGGGGCAUAUACAGUUUAUUGUACCUGGAGUGACCGCCUGUUUUGCUUGUGCACCCCCACUAGUGGUGGCGUCUAAAAUCGACGAGCGCACACUAAAACGCGAGGGCGUGUGCGCGGCCAGUUUACCUACUACUAUGGGCAUCGUCGCCGGAUUCCUUGUACAAAACACACUGAAGCAGCUACUAGGGUUUGGAACGGUCAGCCACUACCUGGGUUACAGCGCUCUUACAGACUUCUUCCCCAUGAUGAGCUUAAAGCCGAACACGCAAUGCGAUGACAACCACUGUCGCACGCGGCAGAUCGAGGCGCGAGCGCGGCCGCAGGUAGAGGUCGCCACUGAGGUCACCGAGGACGCGGGCCCAGUCCAUGCUGACAACGAAUGGGGAAUCAGUUUGGUGGAUGAAAAUUGUCCUGAAGAUGAAGAUACGUCCAAUUUGAAGCUAGUUGAUGGUGUACAGGUAGCCUACAGUAUACCGGUUGACAACAGCACUCCUGAGUCCAGCACGGGCGGCGCCGUGGCCGCCUCGGAGCUCUCUCUCGAAGAACUCAUGCAGCAAAUGAAGUCCAUAUAAACCUGUUCUAUAUCGGUGAUCUGUAUGACAAGCAACAUGCUCAGCUCUAUAACAUGAACAAUUCAAAGGAAAAUGCAUAUAAAUGCAUAAGCACUCAACGUUGCAACAGUCCUGUCACUACAUCUUAUAAAACAAAAUCACCCGCCGCGUCUGUCUGUUCGUGUUCGUAUGUAUGUAUGUUCGCGAUAAACUCAAACUACUGAACAGAUAUUCAUGAGGUGUUCACCUUUUUUUUAUGAUAUAGGAGGCAAAUGAGCGGACGGAUCACCUGGCCCCUAUUUCACCAACGUGACAGGUGCUACAAUUCGACAAGUCUCAUAGUUGCUGACGUCACAGACAUCCAUGGGUUACGGUUAUCGCUUACCAUCGGGCGGGCCGUAUUCCGGUUUGUCCCCAUCAUUGUAUUAUUUAAAAAAAACUUUAUUAUAUGGCAAAAAAACAUGUAUUUCUCUGGUGAUGUUUAUGAUCAUAAUGAUGACAAUUGUCACAAGAUUUCAAUGAACUUUCGGUAAUUCUUGACAGCAAAUGACUUGGAAUUAUGUGACAAUUGUCGUAUUUCUUGUGACAAUUGUCAUUAGCUUCGCAAAUUAAGUACUUAUUAACUGGUGAUAUAGUGGAGUUUUUUUUAAUUAACAUGUUGGUGGCAAACAACCACACCCCCCCGUCUGAUGGUAAGGGGUUACCGUAGCCUAUGGAGGCCUGUGACGUCAGUAACCGUGAUGUCGACAAAUGUCGCACCUGUCACGUUGGUGAAAUAGGGCCCUGAUUGUAAGCGAUUACCGCCGCUCAUGGACACCCGCAACACCAGAAGGGUCUUUAAGAUGAGAGUACGCUCUUUUACCUAUCAAUAGAGUGAUUCUUGAGGAAGGUUUAGGUGUAUAAUUUGUUGAAGUUUUGUGUAACCCGAGCGAAGCCGGGGCGGGUAGCUAGUAUAGUAUAAUUGUCUUGCAGCUUACAAAAUAUCGAGCUGAAUACUAUGAUAAGAAACGCCCUGUAGCUUCCAAUAAUGUUAGGGAACUACAUCAACUCUUUUUUGUUGAUUGCACAGAAAAAGUGUCGUCACAAACGUCAUUUUAAAACUCGUCAUAUAUUCAUAAAAAUAUAUAGCUUUUAAAAAGACGAUGAUACGAAUUAACGCUGCUUUUUGGCAGCAAAAUAAGUAUUUUCAUAAUACUAAUGAAUGAGUGUUAUUUAAAAUAUAGUAUUACGCAUUCCAGAGUGGAAACGCUCGUGAGCAAUAUAAACAGAUCACUUUAUAUGAAUUUCCCAUACAAAUGACCCGUUUGGAUUGUUUGCUCUCACGUGUAUUUGUAAAAUUAUUAAUGUGCUAUUGUAUUGUGACUCGGCAUUUAAUAUUACUAAGAUUAUGAAAUGAAAGGUACAUAAAUGUGAUUAUCGUAUUUUAUUUUUUAUUUUGGAGAUUUUAUAACAAUAUUGUUAUUAGUUGCUAAGCUACGAGAUAUCAAUGUUUAUAAGCAAAUUUUAUUAUUAAAUGUCUUCGGCGAGA